AUACACUGUAAAGAGAGGGAGGGGAGAGCGAGAGAAAGAGCGUGUUUAUUGAGGAAUGUGACAGUGUUCAGUGUAUGGGAGAUGGGACGGACUGAUUGCACCACACCAGGUGUUGUACAGUGGUGAGAAAGGGACUCAGAGAGAACAUCAGCAACAACAGCAGACAUCUCUUUCUCUUCACACCAGCACUGCUAGCUAGUAUCUUGCUGGAAGUGGUUUGUCUACAGUGAUCCACACAGCUUUGGGAGACAGAGCAGUGGCUGUGACUGUGGGGGCAGGCAGACUCUAAUGGAGAUGAAGCCGCUGACUGUACUUCUCUGGGGUCAUGAGUUGUGUCUUCUCCUCUCUUCUGUGUAACUCGACCGCCUGGAUUUCAGCCCCACCUUGCGCCCACCUAUGCCUGCAGGACCAUGGGUAGCGUCAGUAGCCUCAUCAACAGCAACAGCCUCAACAGCAAACACUGCAAGGCGUCUGAGCAUAGGAUAAAAAAGGGAACAAACCAUCAUAGAAAGAGUGGAGGCUGCAGCCUUGACGGGUUACUGAAGUGUGGCUUCACUCAGGGCUCCUCGUCCACCACUUAUCCCUCUAAAGGCCUCACCCACUCCCGGUCAGGACGAAGUGAAGAUUUUUUUUACAUCAAGGUGAGCCAUAAACCGAGGUCAGUGUAUCACAGAGGAGGAUCAAUGGAGGACCGAGGGAACAGAGAUGGGGAAUCAGAUGGGCGACUGCAACCGAAGCUGCUGCUCAUGUCAGGGAAAAUGACGGAGAGGACCUCUGCUGAGAAGUCAUUGGUCCGUUCCACUGCCUUCAAGCCUGUGAUUCCCAGGAGUACGUCCUCCACAGAGACAGGCCAGAGCAGCCUGGACCACAUCCUCUGUCCUCUGGUGAAAGCAAGGACUCCAGACAUUAGACACAAGCAAGACACUUUCUCAGGGACUCUCUCAGACUCCGGACGUAACUCUAUGUCUAGCCUCCCCACCCACAGCACCAGCGGCAGCCUAAGUGCUUCCACAGGCCCUGUCAGUCACAGCGACGGCAGCUCAGCUCCCGCAAACAGCCUCAGCAAGGGAGUACAACCCAGUUUGCCUUCAUGGGUCAGUGGGAAUAGCGCUAACCUUGACUGUAGCUACAGGGCUGUUUUAAACAGCAGUGGGAUGGCUUCUAAGGCUAAUGGGGAUGCUGGCUCCCCACUUUCUGCAGAUGAGCCAAGCCCUCUCUCUGAAACUGCAGGUGGGAUUCGCUCCCCUAUUACUACAGAUGAGUCACUGAUUGAACGUUUGGAACAAAGGCUGCUGGAGAGAGAGACUGAACUGCAGGAGCUACAGGUGAGUUUUGAGGAGAAGGAAUCAGACACCUGCCAGCUGUUUGAGGAGAGACAAAAAUACUGCGCUGAGGAGAUGGAAGGGCUGAAGCAGCGAUGCUCCAUGAAGCUACGACAAGUGUCCCAAAUGGCUGCAAAAGCCCAUCAAGCACUCCAGCUGCAGGUCAGCCAGCUCCAGGCGGAGAAGGAGAGGCUUCAGGAGGACGUCUCAAAGUUAAGCCGGGAGAAGGAUCUUGUCCAACUCAGACUGAGGUCUUAUGAGACUGAGAGCACACAGUUGGCUCCGACACUCGAGGAAACUCAAUGGGAGGUGUGCCAGAAGACAGGCGAGAUCUCACUGUUGAAGCAGCAACUGAGAGACAGCCAAGCCGACGUCAGCCACAAGCUAAACGAGAUAGUCAGCCUGAGGGUGUCACUGAAGGAGAACACAGCAAAGAUGGAGAUGCUCCAGAAACAGAAUAAAGACCAUGAAGACAAACUCCACUCUCGCACUAUAGAAGUUGAGGUUUGCCAAAAUGAACUCCAGCGCAAGAAGAAUGAGGCUGAUUUGCUGAGAGAAAAAGUGGGCAAACUGGAGAAAGACAUUCAGGGAAUGAAACAGGAUCUGGCCACGGCCAAAGAGCAGAGGCUGCAACAUAGUUUGCAACUUGAGGGCAAUGCCCAGACUCAGGCCUCAGAGAAACUAAUCCAAGGCUCAGGCUCCCCUGCUCAGGGCCAGGGGGAGGAGAACAGGGAAAACAUCUCCACAGAUCAACUCCGGAGAGAAGUUGAGAGACUGAAGCGGCAGCUCACGCAGGAGAAGGAUGCUCAAGAGAAGCUGGCCAACAGCUUUGAGCAGGAGAGGCAGACGUGGAACAAGGAGAAAGACAGGGUCAUCAAGUACCAGAAGCAACUCCAGAUCAACUACCUGCAGAUGCACAAGAAGAACCAGGACCUGGAGAGGAUCUUGAAGGAGCUGACCACUGAACUGGAGAACCGGACAGAGCUAGGCAUGGACCUUACCUACAGCUCAGGGUUACAAACAUAUGACGACGUUAUUGCCACAGAGAUUUGAUGGGAGCACUCACGUGCUAAAACUGAUACUGUCACUGGACUGUUUUUUGACCACGGAUAUUUAUGUGACUUAAUGCCACAUGCAACAUCACAACAACUGGAGCUCAUUCACUGUAGUGUUUUACGAGGUUUAUUUAAUAGAACAUGCAUCUGGUGGUGUUUUGAGUCAAGGGCGUAAAAAACAGUAAAAUUAUACUUAGCUUUUUGUGAUGACACUGUUACUACUUGUUUAAAAGUUAAAAAAAAAAAAACUAAGUUAUUUAAUGUUCAAAUGAGAAUAUGUUUUAUUUUUUUACCACGUUAUCUAAGGAUCACUCAUCAUUCAAAUAAUGCACAACUUUGUCACUUAUUAAUUUUUAAUUGAUACAGGCCAGACAAUAUCUGACUCAUCUGUUUCAUGAUUAAUGCCUGACGGUAACACAUGAUAAGCAUGAUUGUGGUUGAACAUCUGUCCCUUCAGUCCCUUCAGAAAAUGACAGUGAUAUAUCAUCCAUUGUGUCUGGGUUCCUAAGGCUUCAUUUACUUGGCCUUGUGUAUCCAUUUUACUGUAUUCUCCCAAAACAGUUGUAAACUAUUUCAAAAACAAUGCAUGUGUCUUAUGUUGUGACAUGUCUACACCAUUGUAAAAAAUAUGUUUUCCACCACAAAUACAUGUUAGAAUCACUUUCAGCUGUCAUGUAUUUUCACCCUUACAUUCAAAGAGAUAAUAGUGCAAUUAAUAUAUUUUUUUUAUUAGAUUAUCUGCAUGUUUUUGUCAUUCUCUGAAUCUUGUAAACACUUUAAAGCCUUCUGUUACUGAGAACAUUUCAGUGAUCAGUGAAUUCAACUUCAUUAAGACACACAAGUGUCUAUUCAGGUGUCAUAUUAUGUCCUAAUAUACAAUAACCAUCUCUCCACUGAUCUUAUAUUUAAUAUAUGAAAUAUUUCUUUUUUCAUGAACACUAUUGUCUGAAAUGGGUUCAGGCAGUUAGAUGUAAUCUAACUGUCCUAAUUAAUUUACUAAGGCUCCUUUUACAACCAUAAGCAAGGAUUAAAACUUUGGCUCAGAGGACAGUGAGUUCUUUGUUAAGUAAACUGUAGGCUCUAGGUCUGAACUAUGCAGAGAACGGAACAUUUAUUAUACUAUCAAUAUGUCUUGUUAAUGCACAUAAUAUAGAAUGGUAUAUACUAGAGACCACCUCUGACAGAUACCAAAGACAAAUGCAAAUGUUGGCAUUCACCCUGUGGUGUGUGUGUUUAGAGGGACAGAGGUUGAAGGGGGCUGGAUAGAGUAAAAUAAAAUCAAAUAUUUAAGAGAGAAACAAAAGGCAAAAAGGUGAUCUCUUGGUAGUACGCUUCAUGAGAGUUAGCUGGCACUGUUCCACUUGGAGACAAACAAUCGUUCCGAGUAUCAGCCCUGGCCAUUUGGCUCUACUAUUCUGGAGCUAUUCCACUUCCCACAAGGGCAAAGUAGUUUGUGAAGCAGAAGUUUAACUACUACACCCACUCAAUACUCAGGGGCUUGCACAGACUAUCAGGCAGAAGUAUAUACACACACUGCUCUGGUCAAAAAUGUGUGUCAAUCUCUGUAAUGAGGCUGCUUGAGAAUGCUCAGCUACCUGCUCUUACAUUACAUUACCAUGGCAGUUCAGCAGAGAUUUGGAGGCAGACAGACUAAGUGGAAAUCUAAGGUGAGGUGCUGUAACUAGUGACACUCAAACUCGAGUGUCUGAUAAGUGUUUUACAGCCUUUAUUCUGGGCCUUAGCACAGAAAAGUGAUCAAAUAGGGAAGAAGCAAAAUUACGUUUGAUAAUGCAGCUUUGGUACUGGACAAAAAUAAUUCUUGGAAUCCAACACACAAAAUUAAACUUAAAGCAUGUUGUACACCUUGGGCAAAAAAACCCUCAGUGAAUUGGUCUUUGUUCUGAGAUAGAACUGGAAAUAAGUACCAAAAAACAAGCAAGGGUGCAAACACGUAGGUGAUUUGAAAAGCAGAAAAUAUUUGUCAUUUGUGUAUCACUGCUCCCUGUAACACUUUUGCUGUAUUCUGAAAAAAGUGAAUAUUACAUCUAUCUCAGUAGACACACUUAUUCAUGGGGAUUCUUUUUGCCAAAAGAGCACAAAGAAGUGAGCAGGUGUAUAUGUUUAAAUAUCACCAAAUAUAUUAUUGGACUUUGCUUCUUUUCAUUACUAAAUUGAUCCUUUAAUGCACUUCACGUUGAAAGGCAUAUAUGGGUGAAUACUUGACUUCCUUCAUUACAUAAACAACACCACAAUAGACAAAACACUGUAGCUAUAAAUCUAUAGAGGUAUUAGAUUUACAAAAAAAAAAAGAUUUGUCAAAAUCUUGUUACUAUUUAUUACACUUCACAUGCAAUUGCUGGAUUUUGGACUCAGAAAUAAAUAUGAAUGUUGUUAUAUAUUCAAAGCUGUCUUCAACUGCACUCUUUGUCAGUUCCUCAUUAUCAUUCUCAAUUCCUCUUGGACUUAAAUAAUAAUGAGAAGAUUGUUUUCUUCUCCCGUCUAAUCAUCUAAUUUCAGCCCAUUGAUAGUGUUUCCUUCCUCACACAGCAGCUCCUUCCAGCUUAGCUUCUGUCAUAACUAAGCUGAUUGGACGAAAUCAAAACUGAAAUCAAAUUAAGGCCCAUUGUCAGUGUGUGUGGCUCCGUUACUGACAUGAAAGGAGGACCACACAGAAGAGAUAACAAGAAAUUCAAAGCUGCUGGUUUGACAUGAAAGAAAAUAACAGAACUGGGUGGGUGGGGGGAUUUCUUCCUCAGAAUAACCAUAUAGCAGACAUCAUCUUCACUUAUACAACUGUAUAUAAUAAACAUGAAUCCCUGCUGCUAUGUUUUCCUGUGCUUUAAACAAUAAGUAUGCAGCCAUUUUCUGAUGUGCUUUAACAGCAGAAUAGUUGAAAAAAAUGUAUUAAACUUUAACUUCCAACUUCCAUUUAUCUUUUUCAUAAAAUCUACCAUUGUCAAUUAAGGCAUGUAGUAGCGAGGGUUUUUGGGCAAGUUAUGAUAUACUAUUUCUUUUUAUGGACUCAGCUGAACAUAAAGAGUUGUAGUCCAGCAGAUGUCUCAGUGUGAUUGGACAGCAGUGAGGCAGCCAUAAGAAGACACUUGGUGAUAAUUUAGCCUUGCCCUGCAGUGACAUGAUAAUAAUGCACUCAUAUCCUGCUGUGAUUCUCCUGAUCGGCUGACAGUCAAGCACAAAAGGGCUUGAAUUCAUUAGCAACGGGGAGGCACAUUUGCAAACCGUGUUUUCACCAUACCAAAGGGAUCCCUGGUUACAUAUUAAUAGCAUACAAAUGUAAUUAUUUCAAAAGUUGUUCUAUGAUAGCAAUAAAUUAUUGUUCUCCUGUGAAAUGGGAGUUUGCGCCUCAUUGCAUGCCUCGACCCUCACCUCCAACAUUAUAAUAAAUAUUCCAUACUGGUAAAUAAUAAAUGAGUCAAUAACAGCC